CCCAAAGUGUUUCCUUAACUGAGAUGUCUCGUUGCACUGAUUGAAUUUUAAUUUAAAUAUUAUCUAAAUAACUUUACUAAUUAUUUAUGUGAUGAUAGUGUAAUUAAUAAGACAUGAUUGUUGAGUGAAAUGCAGUUAUUAUGUGCUGUAUCAUUGAAAUUAAAAUUAUUAAAAAAACAAAGACUUGUUUCGUCAAGGACGGUUGUUUAUUGAACAGCUGUGUUUGAUUAUUUUUGUUUCUUUUUUCGUUCAAAUGGAAAUAUGAUACUAGUGAUUAUUUGUAAAAAAAAUGCUUUAUAGAAUUAUAAUCUGCAAGUUUUAAAAAAGACGUCUCAUACAUUAUACAUUCAAUAAUUAAGUUAAAUAUUUUGGAUACUCCCACUUUUAUAAGUACCUACUUUCCUUGUUGAAAUUUUUUGAGUUCGUAUAAAUAAAAAAUAAAAGUUAGUGUAUAUAAAAAAAAUCUUAUAAUUAUCCAGUAAUAUAUAUAGUGUCAAUGCUUAGGGGGUGGUUUUAUACAUAAAAUAAGUUUAUUUUUCGUCAAGUUUUAGAGCAAAGAAUUUUACUUAUUGUAGUUAGAUUAAAAUAUUAAUAUUUGUAAAAUAUUACAAAUAUCAAAUUACCUAUUUGAAUGCUUCUGUUCUAAGCAAGCAACUUAUAGUUCAUAAUAUGUAAUUCAAAACUGAAUAUACAAUGGACAAAUUUUAAUACUUUAUUUAAUGGCAGUUUUCUCACAGGAUAGACAAGUAAAUUAUUUAUAAUAUAUUGACAUUUCAAAAGUAAUUAAAAUAUGAUGACAGCAUACACAAUGUUGUUGGGACUUAUUAAUAUCAUUUUAUAGUGUUUUAAGUAUAUUCAGUAUGAAUAAAGUGAAAAAGAAAUAAACUUUUAUUAAAAUAAAUACAAUUACCAUGGAAUCUGAAGAUGAUGUUCAACCCCUUAUUGAAACUAGUCAUGAAGAUGCUAGAGAGGUAUUCCUUAGCCUUUCAACACAAAGUAUUAAUAUAGACCCAGAUUUUGAACAGAUGGUGUAUGGUUACCGUAGAUGUCGAUGGCGAACAAUAUUAGUUUAUGUUGGAUCUACUAUAUUAUGCGGUGUACCGUUCCUGUUAUUUCACUGGUGCUCCACUUGGUUCCUAUAUGUAACAUCAGUCAGGUGCUCCUUCCAGUCGGCUGAUCAAGUUUUAGUUAUUGAGACAUAUCAGAAGAAAUGUAAAAGUUUUUAUAUACAUAAAAUAUUGGAGAAAAAUAUAGCAGACACAAGCGGUUUGUUCAACGAGGGCUUCCAGGAUGAGGUCGGUCGAGAAAAGGAACCAAUCGAGAGCGCCGACGCAAUACAUACACCGUUACACCUUGACGAUGGCUCAGUACUGGACGUGCAGCGGUACCGGUACUUCCGACACAAGAAGCAGACGCUGGUGUGGGAGCGGUCGCGCGGCGCGUGGCGGCGGCUGGCGGGCGCCGACGCGGGCGCCAGCUGCGCGCAGCUGCACGCGCGCGCUGCGCGGCCGCCGUCCAGCGACCGCCGCGCGCGCAUGUUGAACAUCUAUGGCCUGAACGAGAUCAAAGUGCCAGUGCAGUCGAUAUUAACUCUAAUACUGCUCGAGGUCUUCAACCCUUUCUACGUGUUCCAACUGUUCACGAUCGCGGUGUGGCUGGCCGAGCCGUACUACUACUACUGCGUGGCCGUCGUGUUGAUGUCCACGUUUGGUGUUGCCACAUCUGUGAUACAAACUAAAAAGAACCAGCAGAGCCUGCGCGCGACGGUGGAGGCCCACGAUACAGUCCAGCUGUGGGACGGGCGGCGCGUGGACAGCCGCGCGGUGGCGCCCGGCGACGUCGUGGUGCUGCCCCCGCGCGGCUGCACGCUACACUUCGACGCCGUACUGCUCACCGGCGCCGCAGUCCUCAACGAGAGCAUGCUCACAGGUGAAUCAGUGCCAGUGACCAAGACCGCUCUGCUGCGUGUGGACAAGCCAUUCGACAUGAAAGAGCAUGCGUCGAGCAUCCUGUUCUGCGGCACCAGGGUCAUACAGACGCGUUACUACAACAACGAGCCUGUCAAAGCGUUAGUAUUACGGACCGGUUACAACACGAGCAAGGGCCAGCUAGUCCGCAGUAUCCUGUACCCAGUGCCGGCGGACUUCAAGUUCGACCGGGACUCAUACAAGUUCAUUAUUAUACUUGCCUUCAUCGCCACACUCGGACUCGGUUAUACCAUCGCUUUAAAGGCUUACCGCUCGUUGAGUCCAGGCGACAUCGCCAUUAAGGCGCUGGACAUCAUCACGAUCGUGAUCCCGCCGGCGUUGCCCGCCGCCAUGACAGUCGGCCGCCUGUACGCGGUGUCGCGCCUGCAGCGCGCGCGCGUCACCUGCCUCAACACCCGCGCUGUUAACGUCAGCGGCUCGCUCGACUGCGUCUGCUUCGACAAGACAGGCACUCUGACCGAAGACGGGUUGGACAUGUGGGGCGUGGUGGCGGUGAGUGGCGCCACUUCACCGCCCAGGUUAGGGAGGCCGCAGCGGGACCCUCGCCAGUUCAACGACCUCCACGACCUCAAAAUGGGCAUGGCCUGCUGCCACAGCCUCACGCUGCUCGAUGGGGAAAUAGCCGGGGAUCCACUGGAUUUGAAGAUGUUCGAAUCGACCGGCUGGGAGCUAGAGGAGCCGGACGUGCCGGAGCCAGCCAACUACGACAUACUCACGCCGACCAUCGUGCGACCCAGGAAGUCGGCCAACAUCAACGUAGAUGACAUACACUUACCGCUCGAGCUGGGCAUAGUGCAGCAACACCAGUUCGUGUCAUCGCUGCAGCGCGCCUCCGUCGUGGUGAGAAUGCUAGGCGAGGAUGUGCUGAGGGUCUACUGCAAGGGUGCUCCGGAGAUGCUCACCACACUCUGCAAGCCUGAAACUGUCCCUGAUAAUCUAAACGAGGUACUAAGCUCGUACGCAGAGAAGGGCUACCGUGUGAUUGCGAUGUCCACCCGUAUCAUGGAAACCACCUUCAAGCAGUUGCAAAGGAUGAACAGGGAUGAGGUUGAACGUGACCUUGAGUUUCUGGGGCUGGUGAUAAUGGAGAACCGGCUAAAGGCAGCCACCACCGAUAUUAUCAGGGAAUUGAAAGAGGCCAACAUACAGGUCGUCAUGAUUACAGGCGACAACAUUCAUACGGCGGUGAGCGUGGCCAAAGAGUGUGGCAUACUGAACGCCGGCGAGCGCGUCGUACACGUGACCGUGGACGGCACUAAGGCGUCGUUACUUUACUGCCAGAGUUUUGUUCAUGGGGCGCCAGUAGGUCGUCGAACGCCGUUGCAACGGGAGUGGCGCAGCGUGGACAGCGGGCACGGCUCGUGGCGCGGCUCGGGCUCGGGCUCGCGCUCGGGCUCGGGCUCGGUCUCGCUUGAUGUCGAGUCGCCGCCCGCCGAGCCGCGGUACAAGAUCGUCAUGACGGGGGAUGCGUGGCGGGUGCUGCGUGAACAUUACCCGCACAUGGUGGGUCGCGUGGUGGAGCGCGGUGCAGUUUUCGCCCGUAUGUCCUCCGACCAGAAGCAGCAGCUGAUCAUUGAGUACCAGGCGCUGGGAUACUACGUCGGCAUGUGCGGCGACGGCGCCAACGACUGCGGCGCGCUGCGCGCGGCGCACGCGGGCGUGUCGCUGUCGCAGCUGGAGAGCAGCGUGGCGGCGCCGUUCACGGCGGCGGCGGCCGACGUCGUGUGCGUGGCGCGCGUGCUGCGCGAGGGCCGCGCCGCCCUCGCCACCUCCUUCGGCGUCUUCAAGUUCAUGAUCGCCUACUCCCUCACCGAGUUCUUCUCCGUCGCCUUCCUCUACUACUUCGACUCGAACCUCACCGAUUUCCAGUUUCUGUACAUAGACGUCGCGCUCAUCGUCAACUUCGCGUUCUUCUUCGGCAUGACCGAGGCGUACACGGGCAAGCUGUGCCGCGUACCGCCCCUCACGUCGCUGCUGGGACUGGUACCGCUGCUGUCGCUGGUCGGUCAGCUGGCGCUGAUCGGAGUGGCUCAGUACCUGAGUUACUACGCGCUGACUCUAUUUCCCUGGUACGAAAGGCACUUGUACGAGGGAGACGAAGCGAACGAGUGCUGGGAGAACUACGCCAUCUAUGCGGUAUCAAUGUUUCAGUAUAUAAUUCUAGCUAUAGUGUUCAGCCGCGGAUCCCCGUACAGGAAGUCGGUGGUCACGAACAAGCAGCUCAUGAUCAGUAUUCUAAUAAUGACCGGUAUAUGUGUAUAUAUUACCGUUGCGCCUGCGCAGUGGUUGGCCACUUUCCUCCAGCUUAGGAUGCCGAAGGAUGCGCUCCUCUCGUACAUCAUUUUAGCGAUUGCCGCGUUCCAGUUCGUGAUAGCUCUGUUCUUCGAGAGAGUUAUAAUAGAAUUUCUGAUGGAGGGAAAGCAAAUGAUACCCAAGUUUUUGAAGGAGAAGAAGGUAAGGAAAACCCCCCAUCUGAUGAUCAAAAGACAAUUGACCGACAUGGAUUACUUGGACUGCGAUAGCGUAGUCAAAUUUGACAAAGAAAGUGGGACUACUUCAGAUUCUAGUCUGACUCAAAGCUGAGACAGUAUCGAAGUAUUUAAAUCGAUGCCAUAUUUUUUGUCUUAGUUAUUAAGUUUUUUUUUUUACAUUGAUUUGACACCGCCGAUACAGCAUCGAGGGACGACACUGAAAUAAAACUAAAUAUAAGAGGCACGUCUUAAUUUUAUAGAAUUAACUGCAAUAAUUAUGUAUAUUGAAAAUAACUAAUACAAGUAUCAAAGUAUAUUUUAUCCUGUUGUAUAUAAAAAAAAAUUGUUCUUUUUUUAAUUAUAUGUAAAUUAUUAAAUCGAUUAUGACUUCAAUCUUAUGAGAAGGAACCAUCUUCCAUAUGUGUUAGGUUUUUUUUUAUACAUUAUUAUGUUUAUAGUAUAAAUAAAGAAUAACUACGGCCUUCAUCGUAAUGGGUAUACUAAAUAUUUGUAAUAACGGAACAAUUUGCUUCAAGGAAGUCCUAAGGACAUGCCUAUAGUUGAAAAGAGAAAAAUUAGAAAAAAAAAAGAGAAAUGGCUUUGUAUGAAAUAUUUUAUACAAACCCUCCGGUUACUCUCAUUUGGUAUGAAACAUUCGAAAAUAAUUUUGACUUUGUAUACCCAUUGCGCCCAACCUUUAAGCCGUGUAUAUCUUAUGAAUGUUAUAUGAUUUAUUAAAAUGUGAUAUAAGUAAAAAUGGACGAUUCAUUAAUUGUACAGUUAAAGUAGACGGAGCGACCAUCUCAAAUGUAUGUAGAUUGUAUGGUAUUAAUUAAUUGACUAAUUGAAUUGGCUUGUUGAUGGUUUAGAACUGUUCCUAGUGAUAGUUUAUUGGGACAAGAGUGGCUAAUAAAUGGUCGAAAUUAUUUCAAUUUUCUUCCGCAAAAUGUGCACUCAAAUUUAUUGGCUGUUUGCAGCUUUAAGCGGAUAGUAAGUUGCAGUUAUAUAUAGGAUAAUAAUAUUCCAGGCUUGAUUCUCAGACAGUAUCUGAUCAAAACACCUAAAUAAGUAGUAAAUGAAUAUUCAUAGAUACGUUAAAACUUCUGUGCAUGCGACAGAAAGAGACAGCAAUAUCAGGCGUUUUGUUCUUUCUCAUGCAUUUCAUCACGCUAACGAAAACGUGUCUACCGACACCACUUCUCUAGUUGUAAAUGUCUUUUAAAGGCUCUUCGAAUUUGAAUCAGAAGGUGAUAAAGUCUGGCAACUCUGGUCUAUCUUAGUCCAGAGCCAAAAUUUGUAUGAUUCUCAAUUAUUAUAUAACGAUCUAUUAACGUCCCACUGCUGGGCACGAAUCUCCCAUCUAGAGGAGCAUAUUAGCCUGCUAUUACAGCAUGGGUCAGUCGAUAUACGGACAAUAAAUUAUGCACCAGCACUGGUGCAAAAUUUAUUGUCGUCUCUUAUGAUGUCUUGGGGAUAAAAAAAAAAUUAUGCGAUUGCCUCGUAGUUGUAUUGGAAUUUUCGAAAUACUGACAUGAACAUACUGACAUUCAAAAUUUUUCGUGGUGAGUUUAUCUGUAACUUAUUCUACAGUAAACGUUCUAGUUUACUAUCGGGAACAUUUUAAAUAAUCAAUCAAGUAGGUAUAUUGAAAAUUGUGAAAUUGUUUUAAAAUUGACAGAUAACUCCGAUGUUUCCAAACAUCGGUAAGUGACGGUGUAAAUCCUCUUAAUAAGGCUACGUGAAAAGUUUACCAUUAAACGAGACACCACUUAAGUGGUAUAAAAAUAAAAUAUAUUUUUCAUUUUUAUUAAUCUGCUAUUAUUGUCGAUAGUAUUUUCCAUAAGGUAUUUUCUUAUAUAAUUUUGUAUACUAUGCCGAAUUUGCUUCCCUAUGCGUUUUUUUUUUUUUAUUUUCGCAUGACUGUAUUAUUUUUAUUCACAACAUAAUCAAAUAUUGUAUAGAUUGUCUAUAUUAACAUGGCACGCCUCUCCUACAUUUUUACUUCGAAUACGUGUGACCAUAUAUAGACGUGGUACCCUAUUUGUGAAGAAACGUCUCCAGUAACGGUCCGGCCAGAGGAGUAUUAUAAACCUUGUUGGAAACCUUGUUAAUAUUUUUAUAUUUAUUUCUUUGAAUUGAAGGGACGUGCCAUGUUAUCGUGGACAAACUAUACACGUAUUGUUCAGUGUAUUUUUUAUAUAAGAAUUUGUAUCCUAUUUUCUAAUGUGUUUUUACAUUUAUAUUUCUCUUUUAUACAAUUGUAUUCAGAUUAUAAUAAUUAUAUUUACACGUUAUCUAGUUAAGUAGAAUUACGAGUAUUAACGUCGUUAUUUUAAUUGCAACAUUGCCAGUAUACAUUGGGAUUCAUAUUAAUCAUUAAUUGACAGUCAUCAUUUGAGUUAUGCAACAGCUUGGUAAUUUAAAUAGUGAUAUUAAUAAAGUUUUUUUUUAUUUAUUCAUACAUAUGUAUAUACAUAUUCGUUACAUCCGUCAUGAAUUCGAUUCGAACAGAUUUACUUACACUAAUUACAGAUUUACUAUUCACAUCGUAAAUAUUUCAUUUAUAAAUAUAAAAAAAUAUAUAUUAAAUUGUCUAAAUUGGUGCAUACAAAUUAAAUGAUAAUUUACUUUCUCUAAUUGUAAAUUAAUAUUAACUCUCAAGGAUUUUUAAUAUUAUGAACAUAUCCAGAUCCCUAAACAAGUGGCAUCGGAGUCUAUCGAUAGAGUCGUUAUCGCUAGCGAGUCCGUGAGAUAGAAUAAGACUGCGACGUCCGGUGUCUCAUUCUUCCUCAUGCGAGUGCUAACCGAAACAAUUUUAUCGGUACAUAUAUUCGUUUGUCACACUUGUCUAGAUUGUCACUUGUUAUGUUUUACUAUUUUAAUAAAAUAAAAUAUUUAUUAUAUUCCUUUUUUUUUUUACUUAAUAUUUUGUAUUUUUGAAUAGUAUUUUUUUAUAUUUCUAUCCCUUAUGCAUCUAAACUGUAACUCUAUGCAUUAAGUAAUCGGUAAGUUUUCUCAGUAAUCUCUGUCACUGGCAAGUUGCAAUUGACAAAUAAACGACGGUGCACAUGCACAUUGUGAUAACAAAUAACUUGAUGUACACAAAUAAGUGCCUUAGUAUAUCGUAGGGAAGACAUUCCAUUUAGUGAACUAAUGAUAAGGUGCUGUGCUUACCAAAUACAUCUGAUGUUUUGAUAGAAUCGAAAUUAAAAUGAAUGUCAGGAAUCAUGAAAUAUAAUAAACUAAUAACAAGAAUUA